AGGGUGUCUUUGGGGAUGAGGGAGGUGGGGGACAAGGGUGGAAGACUUGGAAAAAAUAGACACUUGCAUCUGUCUCUAACUCUUCCCCGCGGAGAAUUUGGUGUGUCACAUGAUCCCAGCAAAGCAUUAAGAGAGUUCCACCAGCACUACCCAGAGCUCAGUCUUCAGACGUUAGCCAAUCUUGGUGGUACUCCCGCUUCCAGGAAAGACAUGUCAGAUGCUGAGGAGAUCCUGGAGGAUCAGGACGAGUACGAGCAGGAGGUGAAGGAACAGAAAGAGGAGCAGGACUACGAGGUGGAAGAGGAGGAAGAGGUGGAGGAGGAUGAAAUACAGCAGCAUGAGGAAGAGUCUAAACCGCGACCUAAAACCACGUACGUGCCCAACAUCGCCCCGCCCAAGCUGCCGGACGGAGAGAAGGUGGAUUUCGACGACCUCCACCGCAAGCGCGUGGAGAAGGAUUUCAACGACCUGCAGGGCCUUAUCGAGCUGCACUUCUCCAAUCGGCAAAAGGAAGAGGAGGAGCUGGUGGCCCUGCGCAACCGUAUCGAACGGCGCCGCUCGGACCGGGCCGAGCAGCAGCGGGAGCGCGCUGAUCAAGAGCGUGAACGCCAAGCCCGGUUAACGGAGGAGCGAGUGCGGCGAGAGGAGGAGGCGGCCAAGCUACGUGCUGAAGAGGAGGCCAAGAAGAAGAAGACCUUCACCAACAAGUCCUUUGGUGGCUACCUGCAGAAGGUGGACCAGAAGAAGGGCAAGAAGCUGACGGCGCGCGAGGAGAAAAAGAAGGCACUGCUGGAACGCCGCAAACCACUCAACAUCGACCACCUCAACCAAGACAAGCUGGCCGAGAAGGCACAUGACCUGUGGGGGUGGCUCCACCAGCUCCAUUCCGAGAAAUUCGAGCUGGGCGAGAAGCUCAAGCGGCAGAAGUACGAUAUCUACGUGCUGCGCAACCGCGUCAGUGACCACCAGCGUGGGUCCAAGUCAUCCAAGACCUCGCGUUCCGCCAAGGGAAAGUCGGGCUCUUGGAAGUGACCAUGGGGAAAACACUUUUUUCAGCUCGCAGCUGUUGUAAUGGCCACUCAUCAACCCACUCUGUUAUUGUUUGUUCACACUCACUAUUAAAGUCACUUGUUUGGUGGCGAUGUGUAUUCCACCACAAUUUUUGUUGUUGUUGGCUUUUGUGACCACAUGCAACACUUACAUUCACAAACUGCGUAUUUUAUUUCAAGGUAGCACUUGUUCAUAAAUAAACUAAAUAAAAAUAUGAAAGAUUUUCCUUGUCAGGAACAUCCGAAGUCUAAUGAGUCCCAAUAUAAGAGCUGCAUCACAAAUUGUGCCUUAACAUAGAUAAUACUGUAGACAUUUUGUAGUUUUAACAAUCUAGUCUGUGUCCAACUUUACCCUAUUUACCAACCUGAGAGGGUCUAAAUUUAGAAACGUAUGAUGCCGUACAGUUGUACAUCAUCCAUGCAGUGCACAAUAUCCUCCCAAAACAGACCAAAUUGUAAAAUCAAGGUUAAUGCCCACAAGGGGCGCUAGAGCAUUCAGCGGCAGGCUGCGUUAGCAUCAACAUAUCUUUUUUCUUUUUCAAGUGAAAAUGAAUCUAGUCUAGACAGGCUUCAGCACCACUUUUAUAUAUGGAGUGUUGUAUAGAGUCUGUGUUUUUGGGAAGUUGUUAUUGAAAACCAAUGACCAAUUAUUUUGUGAAAAUAUCAUUUCUGAAAGGACACUCAGUGUUGGGCAAUUAUCGAAGUUGACAGUAUGGGGUUGAUGGCCACUAUUUUAGGUCCAAAGUGAGUGGCUAGUACUUGUGCCUAAAGUGCAGUAGCAUUCAACCCCCCCAAGCCAUGACAGCCCAUUACAGAGCCCAUUCCCAGACGUGGUGGCUGUAUUUUGUAUGUCCGUUCAUACUGUCAGUCAUCCUCCCACUGCUGCAUGCACUCUGCCACUCCAGCUUCAAGGUGAGCGCUUUGUAUUGAUGAUGGCGUGGAAUGGGUGGGGAGAAAAAAUCUUAAUGGGCUCCCCGACCACGCGUGCAAACAACAACGUGUUCCCGCAAGUCAAUGGCAUGACAGGUGGCUGAUGGGAGGUGUACAUUUUAUCUACCUGACCUGCUGUGUGUCCCGCUGGCACGCUGAUGAAUUGCGUUGAGCUUGAUAAGAAGCGAUGUGGGGAUGUAAAACAACAGUUGGGGGAGGAGGGGCGAGCAGCAGACUCAUUAGCGCCCUGCAGAUAAGGCAGUGUGAUUGGCAGGUCACUAUCCUUUAAUUUUUUUCGUGCUCGGUUUCAAACAAAUGUCAUGAUUAUGUUAGAUUCUUGUAGACAGGAAAUGUGGAGGAGCUGAGCCAUUAUUGCUCCAUAUUUACGUACUAUUGUAUUUCACUUUAAUUGUAAUAAUUUUUCGUUUAAAUACUAAGUGGAUAAUAUCAUAUUUUUGGCACAUAUAGGAUUCAUAGGAUUAUCAAUGUUCAAGAUCCUUUACAUCAUACCAGAAUAUUUUCAUUGCUAGGUAGUCCCAAAAGAUGUGAGUGAUCCCCAAUCAUACCACAGUUCCUCCAACAGAGUGGAGAUAUUGUGCUGUUAUAAAAUGUUGAAAGAAACAAUGGAGUCGGAAAAAAAUAUUUUUGUUUUACAGUCAAACUCUUUCCAUAAAUUACUAUUGAUACCUGAGUGGCAUUUCAAACACGUCUUCCCAUAUUCUGGCCUCUCUUAUCACAUUCAUUUCUUGCUCACAUUUCUCAUUUACAUGUGUAUAAUCAGACAAGCAAUUAUGUUACCAUAGAUGUGCAAGACUUAGGCUUAGUUGGGAAAUAUAUAUAUAUUUUUUUCCCCCACAUUUGUGGGGUCUCUUUUAAUCCUGUCCCACUCUGUAUGAGUUUGGAUAUGUAAGUAUCAGAAGAAAUACCUUGGUGUGGUGUUGCAAAUGGAGUCUGUAUCUGAGAAAAUUAUAUUAUUUUGUGACCUUCAAAUAUUUGAUUAAUUGUUUUCAGGCUAUUGCAUUUUCACUGUUUGAAUCCACGGUCCCACAUUGAUGCCAAAAAGUCCGUGUUCCCAGCCAGUUGCAUGGCUCUUGAUAAAGAUGUCUUGUGUCGUCUUGUCCCAUACACUCAAAGUGUGUCUAAUCCAUAACCUGCUGUAGCGCAAGUCCUGUGGCUGCGAGCUGACCCUGCUAUGACAUUAGACAAACAAGACAAAGACAAAGUGGAUGAAAAAAAGAAGAUAAAGCCAAUGCAGAGUAGGAAGACAGCUGAAGGACCUGUGUUGAGGAUGCAGGGUCAGAUGAUGACAAAGAAGAAGAUUAAGAAGAAAGAACAUUAGGAUGGCAAACACAAAGAUGAAGAACAAUAUGAAAAAAUAUGAAGCUAACCCUAACCCGUAUUUUGGAUGGGACAGUAUUGACUGCAACAGUCAAGAUGGCUACCAGGUAAGGAGUUCAUUUCUUAUCUCCAGAUAAAAGUUAAAAGUUUGAUUGUAUUAGUGCCUAUGCAACUUUUUAGCUCUCAUUUUAUGCAUGUUAUAGUAUAAACAGUUACAGUGAAGAAACAUGUCGUAUUUCGUGAUCAUUGGCAAAUGUAGUGAAAAUAAUAAGGAAUACAAAUGUGUCCAAGACGAAUUUUCUCAUUCUCCGCCACAAAUUUCAAUCAUUGUUCAAGUCCUGAAGAAAUUUUCAUUUGCAAGGAUUUUUUUGGGAUGGGACAGUAUUGACUGUAACAGUCAAGAUGGCUACCAGGUAAGGAGUUCAUUUCCUAUCUCCAGAUGAAAGUUGAAAGUUUUAUUGUAUUAUGAGAACAAAUACAAAAAGGUGAGGAAGCUGAAGGAAACGAAUGAGACGAAGAAGACAAAGAUGACAAAGAAGCUGAAGGAAAUGAUGAAGAUGAAGAAGACGAUGGAGAAGACAAAGGAGAUGAAAAUAAAGAUGACAAAAACGAAGAAGUAGAUGAUGAAGAACACAAAUACUACGUAGAAGACGAACACGAAGACAAAGAUGAUGAAGGCGAAGAAGUCAAAGAAGAAAAAGAUGAGGAUGAGAAAGGAUGAAGAAGACGACGGAGAAGAAAAUGAGGAACUGUGAAGACAAAAGAUGAAGAAGAUGAAGACGAAAACAACAAAGAUGAAGAUGAAAAUGAUGAAGAAUAAGAAUAUGAGGAAGACGAAGAAGAGGACGACAAAGAAUAAGACAAAGAAGAUGAAUAGGAAAACAAAGACAAGAAAGGACGAAGAUGAAUACGAUGACGAAACGAAGGCAAAUGAGACAAAGAAGAGGCCGAAGAAGAGGAGUGUGACGAAGAAGCUGAAGGAGAUGACGAUGAAGAAGCCGAAGAGGACAACAAAGUCGAUGAAGACGACAAAGAAGGGGACAAAGAAGAAAAUGAGAAAGAAGACAAAGAAGAAGAUCAUUAGGACGGCUAAGACAAAGAUGAAGACGCUAAAGGAAACAACGAAAAAGACAAAGAAUAUGAAGAAGACGAAGUGGGCGUCGAAGAAUAAGACAAAAAAGAUGAAUAGGACGAAGAAGAAUACCACGAUGGCAAAGAAAUUAGAAGCCAACAAAGAUGAAAAAGACUAAGACGAUGAAGAUGCCAAAGAUGAAGAAGACGAACACAUCGACGAAGACACACUUCCUGUGGCAGUCAUCAGACCCUUUGUCGUGAAGUCUUGACCGUCUUCCAACCCUGCUUCAGCACUAGAAGUCCUGCUGCCUGCAUCUGACCCUUCUGGAGAAGACGGAUGAGAGGAAGAUGAAGAUGACAAAAACAAAGACGUAGAAGAAAGAGGAGGACGAAGAAGACGAAGAAGGUGACCACGAAGACAAAGAUGAUGAAGACAAUGAAGAUAAAAAAAUGAUGAGAAAAAGGAAGAAGAAAACGAAGAAGAACAUGAGGACAACGAAGACAAAGAUAAAGAAGAUGAAGAAGACGAAGAAUAUGAAGAAGACAAGAAUAUGACGAAUAGGACGGCAGAGAAGACGAUGAAGACAAAGAAGUCAGAAGACGAUGAAGAUGAUGAUGACGACAGAGAUGAAGAAGACGACAGAGAUGAAGAAGAUGAAGACGAACACGUCGAAUAAGAAAAGGAAGAUGAAGAAGAGGACAAAUAAGAUGGCAAAGUAGAAGAUGAGAUGAGAACGAAGAAGAAGACAAAGAUGAAGAAAGAAAAUUAGGGGAGCGAAGACAAAGAUGAGGAAGAUAAAGACCACGAAGACGAAGAACAAUAUGAUGAUGAAGAGGAUGACGUAGACAGAAGAAGACGAUGAAGAUGAAGAAGAAUACAAUGACGAUGAAGAAGAUGAAUGGGACAAAGAAGAGGACGAAGAAAAGGAGGACGACGAAGAAGCUGAAGACAACCAAGAAAGCAAAGAUGAAGAAGACGGGGAAUAAGAUGAAUACUGGUUAGAGUGCCAGCCUCACAGUUCUGAGGUGCGGGGUUCAAUCCCCGUCCCCGCCUGUGUGGAGUUUGCAUGUUCUCCCCGUGCCUGCGUGGGUUUUCUCCGGGCACUCCGGUUUCCUCCCACAUCCCAAAAACAUGCAUUAAUUGGAGACUCUAAAUUGCCCGUAGGCAUGACUGUGAGUGCGAAUGGUUGUUUGUUUCUAUGUGCCCUGCGAUUGGCUGGCAACCAGUUCAGGGUGUACCCCGCCUCCUGCCCGAUGACAGCUGGGAUAGGCUCCAGCACGCCCGCGACCCUAGUGAGGAGAAGCGGCUCAGAAAAUGGAUGGAUGGAUGAGAAAGAGGACUGAGAUUGGCCAGCAACCAGUUCAGGGUGUAGCCUGUCUCUAGCCCGAAGAUAGCUGGGAUAGGCUCCAGCAUGCCCGCGACCCUCAUGAGGAUAAGUGGAACGGAAGAUGUAUGAAUUAGAAAGAGGACGAAGAAGACGACAAAGAAGAAGAGCAUGAAGACGGCAAAGACAAAAAUUAAGACGAUGAAGACGAAAACAGCGAAGAACAUGAAGAAGACGAAGAGGACGAUGAAGAAUAAGACACAGAAGACGAAGAAAAAGACGACAAAGACAAAGAAGUCAGAAGACAAUGAAGAUGAAGACCGCGACGUUGAAGAUGAAGAUGAACACGUCAAAGAAGAUGUCAAAGGUGAAGAAGAGGACGAAUCAGAUGUGAAGAAGGCAAAUAGAAGACGAUGCCGCCGACGAAAAAGAUAAAGAAGAUAAAGAAGACUACAAAGAAGAUAAAGGUGUUGGGGCCUGGCAAGUCCUGUCAGUCUUCUGACCCUGCUUUGGCCCUGCAAGGCUUGCUGUGGCUAUCUGAACCUCCUUCGUCAGCGCAAGUCUCAGGUCGUCUUCCUACCCUGAACUGAUGCUGCAAGUCGUGGCAGUCAUCAGUUCCUUCUUUGCUAAGUCUUGAGUUACUUCCAACCCUGCUCCAGUGGCACAAGUCCUAUGGCAGUCAUCAUACCCUUCUUCAGUAAGACUCCACCGUCUUCCGACCCUGUUCAGUGGUGCAAGUCCUGUGGCAGUCGUCAGACCCUUUGGUGAGUCUCAAACGUCUUCCUGCCUUGCACUGGCUGUGCAAGUCUUGUGGCCGCCAACUGACCCUGCUUUUGCAGCAUAAGUUCUGUGACCACCAUCAGAGCCUUCUUUUGAAUGUCUUGACCAUCUUCCAACCCUGCUCCAGUCCCACACUUCCUGUGGCAGUCAUCAGACCGUUCUUUGGUAAGUCUGGAACAUCUUCCAACCGUGCACUGUUGGUGCAAGUCUUAUGGCCGCCAGCUGGCGCUGCUUUUGCAGCACAAGGUCUGCGACCACCAUCAGACCCUUCUUUGGUCAGUCUCGACCGCCUUCCAACCCUGCUCCAGCGACACACUUCCUGUGGCAGUCAUCAGACCCUUUUUCGGGAAGUCUUGACCGUCUUCCAACCCUGCUCCUGCACCACAAGUCCUGCUGCCUGCUUCUGACCCUGCUACUGUGGCGCAUAUCCUGCGACAGUCAUCAUACCCUACUCUCAAGGCGCAAGUCCUGUGAAGAAGACAAUGAAGGAGAUUCCAACAACUACAAAGAAAAUGACGAUGAAGAUGAAAACAAAGAAGAGAAAGAAGAUGGAGAUGAAGAGGAUAAAGAAGAUGAUGGUGGAGAAGACAAAGAUGAAUUAGACAAACAACACAAAGACAAAGUGGAUGAGAAAAAAUGAAGAUAGAGAUAAAGCCAAUGCAGAGUAGGAAGACAGCUGAAGGACUUGAGGAUGCAGGGUCAGAUGAUGACGAAGAAGACAAAGAAGAAGAUUAAGAAGAUGAAGAAGAAAAAGAACAUUAGGAUGGCGAGCACCAAGAUGAAGAACAAUAUGAAAAAAUAUGAAGCUGAUGAAGAGGAUGACAAAGAAGACGAAUAGGAUGAAGAAGAAGACAAAGACAAAAAGAUGAGGAAGAUGAAGGAGACGAAUGAGAUGAAGAUGACACAAACGAAGACGUAGAAGAUGAAGAAGACGAAUACUACAAAGAAGACGAAGACGACCACGAAGACAAAGAUGAUGACGGCGAAGAAUUCAAAGAAGAAAACGAUGAGAAUGAGAAAAAGGAUGAAGAAGACGACAGAGAAGAAAAUAAGGAACUGUGAAGACAAAACAUGAAGACAAAGAAGAAUAUGAGGAAGACAAAGAAGAAAACAUAGGAAAACAAGAACAGGACGAAGAUGUAUACGAAGAGGAAAAGAAGGCAAAUGAGACGUAGAAGACAGAGGAGGACAAAGAAGACGAAGAUAAAAAAGAUGAAGAAGACGAAGAAGAUGAAGAAGACAAAGAAGAAUAGGACGGCGAAGAAGAAGACGAUGAAGAUGACGACAAAGAUGAAGAAGAUGAAGACGAACACGUCGUAUAAGAAAAUCAAGAUGAAGAAAUGGACGAAUAAGAUUUGAAGACUGCAAAGUAGAAGAUGAAGAUGCCGCCAAUGAAG